GUGGCAUACUUUUUUAACGGGAGAAGCAGAGGAGGCAUAAGGUAGCCGCUAUGGUGAUGGUCAGACAGAUUCUGCUUUGUCUUCUGGCGGUUGUGGUGGACUCCAGUCCAGAGAUAAUGGUGUCUGGAGCAGAGGGACAAGAUGUGGACAUCCAGUGUCGUUACCCCGAUGGACACCAGGAGACACCAAAAUACUUGUGCCGCCAGCGGUGCUGGGAGAAAGAUGUCCUUAUUAGAGCAUUCCAAGUUACUGAAGGGAGAUACUCUCUUCAUGAUAAUCCAUCUGCUCUCUACUUUACUGUUAAGAUCAGGAAUGUGACUCUAAAGGAUGCAGGAAUUUACUUCUGUGGACUGAGCUUGAGGGGAAUAGAUACCCUGAACAAGAAGAUUUCCCUCAUCAUCCAGAAAGAACCUCCAACAUCCCAUUCAACGUCACAUCCACACUCCUCCACCUCCUCUUCCUCCUCCAAUACUGGAUGGAUUCAGACUCCACCCUCCUCAACUGAUGCCCUCAUAGAUAACACCCUCUCCGCUGGUCUUGUUGCCAUGGUGGCUGUGUGUGCUGUGCUGGUGCUCUGUGUUACGGUGGGCCUAGUGAUCAUACUGCUGAGGAGGAGAUCUCAACAUGGACACACACACACCAGGAGCAGGGCAGUAGAGGGUGCUGGGAGCACCUAUGCUAACGUGAGCAGACUGCAGCCAGUACAGCCCCACAGGGAACAAGAAGAAGAAGAGGAGGAGGACGAGGCUUCAGGUGUCAUCUACUCUGUGGUGAAGGCGUCAACACAAGCCCCAUCCCCAGCCUCUGCCCUGCAUGCCCCAUCACAAGGCCCGGCCUCUGCCACAGCAGGCCUGAUAGCCCCAUCCUCAGCCCCAGAUCCAGGUGUCAUCUACUCUCUCCUGACCACACCAACACAGCCCCAGCCCCAGGCCCAUCCAUAGACCAACAAUUUCCAUCCCCAUCUCAGUCAUCGGUCAUCUACUCAGCAGUAAAACUCUACAUGCCGCAUUCAUUGACCCACUAUCCCCAUCCCCAUCCCCAGCGCAGCAGUCGUGUGUCAUCCCCAACCCCAUCCCCACCUGCUCCAUCCCCAGUCCCAGCAACAUCUCCUCCAUACCCAGCUGACAUUUACACUCUCCUGAAGACAGCAACACCAGUUCUAUCCCCAUCCCCAGGCCCAUCUCCAUCCCCAUCCCUCACCCCAAACUCAGCCGCAGACAUCUACUGCAAAGGUAUUCACUUAGAAUUUCAUUUGGGCCACAUUUU